AUGCGCCAUCAGCUGGGGACGCGAGCAUCUAGCGGUCGCUACCCUCUGUCCACGCGUGACUUGUUAACCGCAUUUGGGAUGGUUAUUGGGUGGGCUACGAGGCAAGAUGGCCUGAGUGCUACACAGUUAGAAGCACUCUCUGAAAUGAUUUCCAAGGUAAGUUGGAAGAACUUUUGUAAAUUUUGUUCGAAAAUGUCUAAGACUUCUUUACGUUUUUGCGUGGUUUGUUGGCUUACAAUGGCAAAUCAACCUUCCGGGGGAAGCGUGUUGUUUACCCAUUCAGCCCAGUUAAAUCACCCACUCUCCUCCCCCAACACCCUUUCUUACUCCAGGUACGUUCUAGGGAGCAUUCAUUUGCGUCUUGAAUCAAUUCGUAAAACAGAGCAACUGCUGAAAUACUGAGACUUUCUGGGAUUACUUUACUUCCCGUUGUUUUUUGCGUAAAUCAUUACUACAGGUGCUUAGUGACUACAAUUCCUCUUUCGAGGAAAAACGGAGAUUUUUAGGCCCAUUCAAUGGGCAAUUUUUCAAAUUGCGCGUCUUAGUCGAACAGGCGGGGAUCGCUUGCAUUGUUUCGAGCUUGUUCGACCUUUGACGCGAUUUAUCGGCGAUUUUCUCCUUUUUUACCUAUGCCACGUACGGUAACCAAUGCAUAAAAAUUGAAAAUUCGCUACAAAAUCGAAUUACUUUAAGUUUUAUUCCUUUAAAUUUAAAGGGGGUAUAUGGCGGGAAAGUCACUGACCAUUGGGACCGCCGUUUCGUGGAAAUACUAACACAUCACGCGAUCAAAGAAACAGCCCUCCAACAGCACUCGUCCCUUACUGUGGGUACUGUGAGUCUGCCUGUACCACCAGCCAAUGUAGACCCGUCUGACUACAGUAAAUGGUUUAACGAGAAGACUAGCACAGAUGGCGCAGAUGUUAGUGCUGUCAGGGCCCUGGGACAAGACGUUAGUGUAGAACAAGAUUACAACGAAUCACGGUAAGAUCGGCGUUAAAUUUUCAACGAUGAUGGAGGUUUUCGUCUUUAGUGUUGUUGGUGAUAAUUAACUCGUUAAUUUUUGAGGCAGAAUUCCCUGCUAUUAGAGGCCUCUUGUCCUCUUUUCCUCCCGCCUGCCCAAUAAAAGGGAACAGAGGCCUCUCUUAGCAGGGAAUGGGCAGAAUUCCUGCCAUGUCAACGUUUCCUGCAUCUCUUUGCCAAAAUGGCGUCCAGUUUUAAAGGUGCUACUGAUGAAGAUAUUAUAGCAUCAAUAGGGGCUGCAGAAACCUAGACGCGCGAAAGAGUACAAUUUUUAACAGCAUCAAUGAGGGCUUUUUCUCCAAAAAUUCAGAAAAAUUGUAAACGACUUAGAAGCUGCUAACCUUAACAUACAAAACCCUGAUGCGUGUCUGUCUGUGUCUCAUAAACCUAGGAAAGUUGCAGAGAUUAAAGUUUAAGUGACACAGUGUUUCUUUUUCAGUGCCUCGGAGUUCAUUCGUAAGCUUGAUAAACUUCACCGCGACAUUAACCAGACAACCGCUUUGAUCCAAGAACCUUCACCGGAAAAAAUGAUCAACAUACCCCGCCCGCGGGCAGCAAUGGACUUGUGUAUCGAACAACUUCCCACACUGCUAAAAAUAGAACAGGACGGGGCUGUUUCUGUCACUCAACUUCUCCCACGUGUGCUUUCUCAACUGCGUGCCUUGUCAGUUUAUUCCGAGACUGGCAGCUCUGUUGGAGCGGAGGAACGAAUUUCCGAGUCCAUGGGUUAUGUCUUGCAAAAGGUACAUACAUGUAUAUUAAUAACGGUAAUAGGACUGAGUGCAGCCGGUCCAAUCCGGUCUGUAAUCGUACGAGUGACUGUGGGAGUCCGAUUUGUUUAAUCACCAGUAUGAUUACAGACCGAAUUGUACGACACGAAAUUCUGUCCCCAAUUUAUCAUAACUAUAACAAAACUUGUAUUAUUUUAUGAUAAGCUUUUUUAUAAUUAAAACAAAAUAUUCCGAGAGUGUUUAGCUAGCAGUGAAAGAAAAAAUUCAAGUGCGCCCGCGCGAUGGUGCGUACUGUCCAAUUACUUAUGCAGGACGCGUACUGUCCUAAUAUUACACUGUCCUGUUAGUACAGGUAAUCACAUGAUUUCGAGUGCAAUUUGGAAUACAUAGGCACGAGUAAAUUUUUUCAAAGGCUAACAAAAUUGCACGAGCCCGUGGGGCGAGUGCAAUUUGCGGUCUUGGAAAAAAAUUACGAGUACUUGUUUAUUCCAAAUUGCACGAGAAAAAUCAUGUGAUUACUUAUUAAUAGUAUUCGUGAAAAAAUUGCGAGAUAGCUUUAAAAUCACUUUCAUAUCGAGUCAACACGCGUUAUAACUACGUGCAAAAAUAAAUUAUUCAAAUGCUGCAAAUAUCAUCACACACCCAGUCAAAACAACAUUUUGCUCGAUGUUUUUAAAGUUUGCAAGCUGCAGAAACGGGCUGAACAGUUCAUGGAAUUGUUUAAUGUGUUUGAAUUAAAGAUUCUGGGUUGUUACCUUGAGUUCUGCGUUAAAAAGGGGCGACUGCAUUUCUUUUCUGUCUGCGUUGAUUUCAGGAGUGUCAGUGGUUCAACUGUUUACUCUAUUACAUCCGUCACUCCUUACAAGUACUGGAGCAUUGUGUCCUUGGCGGCUCAUCUGCAAUUCCGCCCUCCCUUGCGUCCGUUGUUGACUCACUCCAGUGUGACAUGGUCCCCACUGAUUGGCUACAUCCGGAUUCUCAGCCCUCCCCCCACAUUUUGACGUCCUGGCUGAAAGGUAACGAUCGAAGGUGUUCGAAAUCAGAGUAGAUAAGAAGUAGAGCACUGUCCAAGCUAACCGUGAGAUACUGCACGGUAUACGACGAGUGAUAGUUUUAUGAGAUUUCCUUCAAUGCAAAAUAUAUUGUUUAGCGGUGUUUUGCACAGUGCAAAAGGGAUUAAAUCUUGGGUAUUGUUCUACUUUAUUUUGUAUUUUAUCAGCUUGAUUGGGUUCAGACCUACCCAAUGCGAAGAGGCACUAGCUGGAGUCAUAAGUCCCUUGCGAGAUACCCUCCCUCAUCUAUCCAUUCCCACAAUCCAUGGUAGACAGACACUGGGGGCGUUCACUGCCGGGAAUCGUUAAAUUCCCAGUGGUUCCAGGAAGAGAAGUGCUGUGAGACAAAACCUACCGUGUUUUUACCCUACCGAAAAGACUAAAAUGUGAUGUGAACCGAGAUAAGAUAAGUAAAUGUGAACCAAAGGCUACAAAUUCUCCUCAGUUAUUUAAAGACCUGAGCGUUGGUCCCGCCAACGAUUAGACCCGGGCAUUUUGCCCCGAAUUGUAGUACCGAACCAGUUGAUCUAAACAGUGCGCGGUUUUCUUAUUGAAACAGAUUUUAGUCGGCGCCACAAGCAGCUCAGUGACUGGGUUCGACGUGGAAUCGUUCCAAAUCCAAACUCUGAACCCCUCAUAGGACGGGGUCAGUUGACCUCUGUCUGGCUUGGUGGCCUGGCCAAUCCCGGAGCUCUGAUGACGUCACUCAGGCACGAGAAAGCGGCCAUGGUGGAAUGUUCUGUGGACGAGGUAGGAUUGAAGCAAGCUUGUAAAAUAUUGUUAAAAAUUGUAUUUCGUUGAUAAUUUGUGUGCAUACUUUGAUAUGCCGGAAGAUUUAGCUAGCUAAGGGAUAGCUUUGCUUUACUUGAGGUUGCGUCAAGUGGAGGCUUGUUGUCCGAGCGGUUAACAUCUCGAUCAGGAGGUCUGGGUUCAAAUUUAACCGUCGAGUUGUUUCCUGAGACAAGAAACUUUGCUUUAUUGUCUCUCUUCAUCCUGGUCUAUGAACAGGUACCGGCAACAUAUUGCUGGGGGUAAACAAAAAGUGGAAAAGCAAGGCGUACUUUACAGCUUUGAGUUUCUUUAAAGUUUUUAAUUCAGUCAAUAUUUCGUCGGGUACGGCCUGACGGAAUAAUCAACUGCCACAAAGUUCGUCAAGAAACAAAGGGAUGUAUGAUAACAAUGAGACCUUUAAAAUUCAUACGUAUCUUGUCAAGGUCUAUCAAUAGACGCGAAGAGUUGUAAACUGCGCAAAACAAACAUUUACAGUGACUUUAAGAAGUGGCUUGCCUGGAUACCUUGGUGGGCCUUGUUAGACCUAAUUAACUUCGAAUUCCGAGGGAUAUUCCAUAUUAUGGUCUAUAUAAGGAGGUUUUGCCCGAAAGCUAGGCGAUCCUCCUAACACUCUACCUUGGCUACCCACAGAUUAGGAGUUCAGCGAUUUCUCUUAAUCAAAUAAGAAUCGCGACAAACACUAACUAAAGGUCUUCAGUGGGAUCAACAAGUGUCUCUUGAGACAGGCUUUAGCACAGGGUAAAUCAACUCCACGCGAAAAUCGUGAGCCCCCUACUUGCUGCCCAUCAAUUUGCUGCGAUUGCUUCUUGCUUCUCCUACGAAUGAUAUUCAGUAUAAGAAAAAAAUUGGUUGUCCGAACGCUUACAGCUCAAGGAGUCACUUCUCCCCUCCGGGGGUGGUAACCCGCCAGUGUGCUACGUUUUCUGUGUACUGUGUGCUUUAUUGCCGUCCGGUUCGCUCAAUUGGAUAAGCGCCGGUCUGCCGAGGGGAAGGCGGAUUUAAAUAACUGAGGAGAAAGUGCUGCCUCAUUGUUCGCACAGUCUUCAAAAGUCUUUGAAUUUUAGGAGAAGUUCUUGAAAAGUCAUGUUGAAUUUUCUUCAACUUGAAAUGUAAAGGCCUGGAAAAUGUUUUCUGAUUCUUUCUGCUUUUCCAAGGUAGAAUAUAAAUCAUAGCUCACAGAAUUUAAAGGUUACAUACAUAAAGUGCUCGAUGUUUUAUGCAAUAAUUAACUAUCAAUUUAAGACAAGUGAACUGAAAAAUGUAGAUAAGUUGGUGAAGCAAACAGUUCAAGCCUUAAAGUCUUAUUAGAAUAGACUGGGAAUGUGCAUUUUUUGUACAGUCUGUGAAAUUAUAUCCCUAGUAGGUUGUCCUUGAAAAUCUAAAGGCAUGGCGCAUGCUAGUCGCGUACGAUAGUCAUAAGCAAAAAUCAUUCCGUCUAAAUCGGCCUUAAUGUGGUCCUUGAAAAGUUGCCUUUGUAAAGACAUCUGCAAACAGUUAGAUGUUCUAGUCUACUCGGAUAAGGACGAUAAACCGUAGGCCCCGUCACACAACCCUUGUGCAUAUAAAUUCUGUUGCACGUUAAAGAGCCCACUCACUGUUCGUUGGAAGUAGGAAACGUAGUCCACGGUGUGGUGGUCUCUCUCUUUCAUGAGGGAAGCGGCUGUUAUGGGCACGCAGUAAUUGGCGCCACGCGCCUUUGCGGUGACCCUACCAAGAGUUGGCGAACCUUAGUAAAUAAGUUCUCCUUUUCAGACAAUCUAGGUACGGUGCGUUCCUCGAGACCAUCGAUUCAUACAACUUCGUUUUACUAUUCUAUACGAAUGACUUCAGGUUGAACUCCGCUGUUCUCUGGCAAAAUCGUACUUAUCACGUGAUGAGAAUGUCAGCGAUUGCGAGCAAGGGCUGGUGAUUAGCGGGCUGUAUUUAGAGGGUGCGUCUAUGGAUCUGGAUAAAGAAUGCCUUGUGGAACCAACGUGA